UUUUAAUCUGCGCUGCAACAGUCGCUCAGUGCUGAGUGCGCGGGGAAUGAAGCCGCGCGCGCGCUCCUCAUUACAAACCGCGAGUGCCGAUCAGCUGCAGCUCCGACUGACCGACCGACCGACCGGCGAGAUGAGCCGCCAUGCCGCUGGGACUGCUGCCUACGAGACCGCGGCCGUCGCACUGGUCAUCGUUAUCGCUUCACUGUCUGUGUGGGGCGCGUUUCUCAUUUACCGAGCCGUUAAAGGUCAACGAAGGAAACGGGGCAGCGGAGAGCAGCGGACUGAAGCGGAGAAACAAGCAGCGGGAGGAGGAGGAGGAGAUGAAGAUAACCGGAGCAAGUCAACAGGAAAUGAUGAGGACUGGGAUGUGGAUUCCUAUGAAACAAUCCUGUCUCCUACAAACUAUACACAAACAUCUUCAGACCUUCUGGUGGAAGACCUGAGAAAAACCACUCAUGAGAAUGUGAAGGAACCUACUGCGGAACCUCUAACUGGUUUGGAUGUUGGAGACCUGACUGGAAAUGGCAAGGAUCCUAUGAAAUGCAGUCGUGAUGUCUGUGAUACUGCUGAGAGUGUUACUGGGCAGUCAGGUUUGCUUGAUUAUAAGGAUAAUGGUAGCAAACCCUCUGAAGACAAGCCUGAGGAUAGCGUGAAGGAAAAUACCUGUGAUGACGAGGAGUCUGAGAUCGAGCCACAUACAGACAUGGAUGAGCCAUCUGAAACCGAGAGUGCCCAGGAGAUUUUGGAAACUAAAAAUCUCCCCGUUCAAAAGUGCCAGUCUGUGGAAGAUCUCUUAGACAGCACACUCUUAUCUCAAGAAAUUGUGAACAAGCCAAAUGAAGAGGACACAGCUGUAACCAAGUCAGUGUUGCAUAUUUCUUCUGAUCCCGCAAGUUCAGAUGCUCUUCAUAGAAAGAAAAAGAUGGAAGACACUGAUGUAGCAUCCAAAGUGUUUGAGAGGACUAUUCCUCAGAUGAAUGACCUCGACUCCUACUGCUAUGAUGAACAGUCUGAGCUCUUGAGUAAUUUGGUAUCGGAGAAAGUCAAGCCUAAGAAAGAUGUCGAAAACCAUCAGGACUUCAAUGGCAGCCUCAGCAGGUUGCAAACAGUAGGCGUCACUGAUCACAGUUUGACCACCAAGCAGCAUCUGAGCAGCACGUUUGACCAUGUUCUUACAAAUCCACCGCAAAACUACCUGGGAUUUACUGUGCCUAGUUUGCAAGGGGAUUCAUUAGCACCUCUGCAACUCUCAGAAGAGAGCAAGGAUGGAACAGGGGUCACACCAAUAGACAUGAGCCAGAAGAAGAAUGAGAUCAGCAUCAUGGAGGCCAUUAUGGACAGCAAUGAGUGGCUUAGAACUGGACCACCAGACACCAGAGACCUGCCCUGGCUAACUCCGACUCCAAGUCAGAUUGGUUACGGAAUCAAGACCGACAUUUCUUUGUCUCCAGUUCCAGCUACCACCAGUUUUGGGCUACCUGAUGAGAUGAUGUCGCACAAGACGGACAUGCUAGAGGACCCCACCACCACUGGUGUGGCUAAGGAUGAAGGGGAUCUUUUGAAUAAGAAAGUAGGAACAGUGUUGCCAAUGCCUCAGCUUGUACAGGUCAGCUUCAGAGUGCACUAUAUCACACACUCCCCCAACCAGAUCCUGGCUGUAACUGGGAACCAGUUGGAGCUUGGGUUCUGGGAGCGCUUUGUUCCUCUGAGAAGUGUCGAGAAUGGGUUUUGGUUCUGCACCAUCAGUCUCCCCUUGGACACCCAGGUUGAGUGGAAGUUUAUCCUGGUAGAAGAAGGAAAGAUCCGGCGAUGGGAGGAGUGUGAAAACCGCUGUUUUGCAGUGACUGGGCAAGAGGAGGAGAUUCAUCUCCAUAAGAAUUGGGGGUACGCGUGAAACAAAAGCAUAUCAGUGACAUUCUAUAUAGCAAUAAUAUUCAUCACAGGUGCAUUGUUUCAAACAGAUGUUCCCAUAAAUAUGAUGCAUGAGGCUGUGAUACUGUUAAUGUAGCAAUAAUGCGUACCAAUAUGCACAUUUUCACCUUCAGUGAUUAGCUUUGUAUGUCAAUUUGGAUAUGCUUGUUUUGAUGGCGUUUGUCCUGUGGCUCUUUAACCAGCAAUAAUAACAUUUUAGGUGUCUGAUACUAAGAGAAAUUUAUUUUCCAGUGACUUGUCUGUUAUUGUUAUGCAAUGUAAUUUUGCCAAAUAAUGAAUUAUAUGCAGGGAUGGAAAAUACUUGAGUAAUUGUACUACUUUAGCAUACUUAAGUAUUAAUUUGAGGUAUUUAUAUUUUUCUUGAGUUAUCGAAGUUCAAUACUUGUCCUCUUACUUGAUUACAUUUCCAGGAGUGGUGGAGAGAAAGACAUACUUUUUGCACUGUCCAUGUUUAUUCAGAGCGUCAAAGUACUUAUUACAAAUCUCAACGGUCUCUUUUCAUCCAGACGUUAACACACUGCUGUGUAUAAAUCAAAUGGACUGAACUGAAUCGAUCAGUGUUGAUGUAGUUAAUGCUACAGCUAUCCACGCGUCUCUGCACAUGGAUUUGCCUCCAGAUUCUGAUCAAAGCAAAGACUCGUAUAAAAUGAGGUGUUCUUUGCCUCUCAAAAAGGUAUAAAUGGCACCAAUUUUGAAAAAUCCUGUUGAGGUACAGCAAGUUUUGUUAAUACUUGCCUGGCUAUACUUGGCUAACCUGGCCUGUUUUAUUGGCCAAUGCCAGGUUAGACUAGUAUCAAUCCCUAACAUACAACACUGUGCAGAAGUCUUAGGCACCCGAAUAUAUAUAUUUUUCCACGCAAACUUUGCUAUAGAUCUCCAUUUCAUGACUUCUACAUUAUCGAGUCAGGAAAAAUGUUUUUGUAGAGUUCCAAAUGUUUGUUUUCCAGCACAAAAUGAAAUGUUGCAGGAAAAAAAAAAAGUUUGUAUCUGAGCAGCAGAUUACAUAAGCAACCACUUUUCAGAUAAAAAAAAGAGAGAACCUAAUGAAGGCGACUGGGUUUUGCUGCAAGGUUUAAGAUGCAACUGUGGCAGUCAGUGUCCAGAAGAACUGUGGCUGGUUCUGCAAGAUGCUCAGUAAAACCGACAGCUCUUUUCCUUAAAACAGCACACAUUGGACCUGUGGCCUUUUUUUUUUUAAGUUUAAAAUAAAGGGUCGUCUUACACCAGAUAUCGACUUCAUAUAAUGUAUUAUGGCUUACUGAUGCUUAUAGGGUUUUUAAAUGCUAAAACAUUUUCAUUACUUUUUUUAAGCCACUUUUGAUCUACAGCAUUUCUUUACAUGUGCUUAAAGGAACAGUCCACCGUACUUCCAUAAUGAAAUAU